CGAGCUGCGCUUAAAGGGCCCGCAGCGCGCACUCCGCGGUCCGAGGCGCGGGGUCGGGGUCGGGCGGCCGCCGGCCGGGGGCUGCCCGGGGCGGCUCCGCACGGUGGCGGCGGGGCCGGGGGGCGGCGGCGGCAUGGAGCAGGCAGCGCCCAAGAGCAAACUGAAAAAGCUCAGUGAAGAUAGUUUAACUAAGCAGCCUGAAGAAGUCUUUGAUGUUUUGGAGAAACUUGGUGAAGGGUCUUAUGGUAGCGUGUUUAAAGCAAUACACAAAGAGUCUGGACAAGUUGUAGCAAUUAAGCAGGUCCCUGUGGAGUCAGAUCUUCAAGAAAUAAUUAAAGAAAUCUCUAUAAUGCAACAAUGUGACAGUCCCUAUGUUGUCAAGUACUAUGGCAGCUAUUUUAAGAACACUGAUCUGUGGAUUGUUAUGGAAUACUGUGGAGCUGGCUCUGUUUCGGACAUAAUUAGACUUCGUAACAAAACGCUAACAGAAGAUGAAAUUGCAACUAUUCUGAAAUCUACUCUUAAAGGACUUGAAUAUUUGCACUUUAUGAGAAAAAUACAUAGAGAUAUCAAGGCUGGAAACAUCCUUCUUAACACUGAGGGGCAUGCAAAAUUAGCUGACUUUGGUGUAGCUGGCCAGUUAACAGAUACAAUGGCAAAACGUAAUACUGUUAUAGGAACUCCGUUUUGGAUGGCUCCAGAAGUAAUACAGGAGAUUGGCUAUAACUGUGUGGCAGACAUCUGGUCCCUUGGUAUCACUUCAAUAGAAAUGGCUGAAGGAAAGCCUCCAUAUGCUGAUAUUCAUCCAAUGAGGGCUAUUUUUAUGAUUCCUACAAAUCCUCCUCCAACCUUUCGGAAGCCAGAGCUCUGGUCUGAUGAAUUCACAGAUUUUGUGAAGAAAUGUUUAGUGAAAAAUCCCGAACAAAGAGCUACAGCAACACAGCUGCUACAGCACACGUUUAUAAAGAAUGCAAAGCCUGUUUCAAUUUUAAGGGACCUGAUCACUGAAGCUAUGGAGAUAAAGGCAAAGCGACAUGAGGAACAGCAGAGGGAACUAGAAGAGGAGGAAGAAAACUCGGAUGAAGAUGAGCUGGACUCGCACACCAUGGUGAAGACCAGUUCAGAGAGUGCUGGUACCAUGAGGGCUACAAGCACGAUGAGUGAAGGUGCUCAGACGAUGAUUGAACACAACAGUACCAUGUUAGAGUCAGACUUGGGGACCAUGGUAAUAAAUAGCGAUGAUGAUGAAGAGGAAGAUGGGACCAUGAAAAGAAAUGCUACUUCACCGCAAGUUCAAAGACCUUCUUUCAUGGACUACUUUGAUAAACAAGAUUCCAAGAAUAAAAGCCCUGAAAAUUGUAAUCAGAACAUGCACGAACCUUAUCACAUAUCCAAAAAUGUUUUCCCUGAUAACUGGAAAGUCCCUCAAGAUGGAGACUUUGAUUUUUUAAAGAAUCUAAGUUUAGAAGAGUUACAGAUGAGAUUAAAGGCUUUGGACCCUAUGAUGGAACGAGAAAUUGAAGAGCUUCGUCAGAGGUACACUGCAAAAAGGCAACCUAUCCUAGAUGCAAUGGAUGCCAAGAAGCGGAGACAACAAAAUUUCUGAGUUUGUUUUACUUUCAGAGAUAAUGCUACGAGUCAAUGUGGACACUGGUAACUUUAUAAGUCUGAAGGAGUUUUAAAAAUCCAAUCUUUUCAAUUUUCCUUCACAACCGAUGACAAUUGGAGCAGUGAAAGAACACAUGGUGUUCUCCAAAGGCAGUGAAACACAUGACCGCUCGCUGUUAUUUUCAAAUGUUUAAUGUAAUAGAAGUUUAAUCUGUUACUUCCCAAUCUUUCUUUUUCAGGUGUAUUGUGGUAACUUUGUGUUGUACAUUAGGAGUUGUGUUUUGGAGCACCUGGAACUAUUUCUUGAUUGUGCAACACUACAGAGCCUUAUGUUGCAAUAUAUUUUCCUCCCACUUAGUAGCAUAUUUAUUAUGUAAUCUUUGGUUAUCCUAUUUAUUUUAUGCCUGUUUUCUUUUUAUUAGGAAAUGUUAGGAUAAUAUUGUGGAGAGCAGAGCCAGAUAAGAUAAAAUUAGUAUUGUAGUAUAAUGAAAAGAAGCUCACCACUAUAUUGUCUUUUAAAACUCCGAUUUCAGCAAUUGUCCCAAUUCAGGACAGCGCUUGAACAUGUCCAUUCCUAUCAGUACAACUUUAAGCGUAAUCUAAAUAAUAAGCACAUGUUCUCUGUUCUGAAUCAGGGAUUGUAGCUGUAGUUGAGCAAUACAAUUGCUACACUCGAGACCAUUCUUUUAAAUAAUAUUUCUAUCAUUUUUAUGCACACCGAAUGAUCUCUCACUAAACAAGAAAACAAGUGCCUAAUUGGUUUUGAUUUUUCUAUUGUUCAGGAGAAGCAAUGCUUGCAGUCACUCCUGCAGUGUAAAUUUUCAAUUGCUAUCGCAAUUCUGACCAGUAUAAACCCCUGUUUUGCACCGUAGUUUUAUAAUGAAGUAACAGCUACACUUUCUGGAUAUGUGGGAUUAUUUUUUUUUUGGUUCAUUUAAUUUUAUAGCACUAUUUUGAGGGGAGAGGGGAGUUAUUAGUGGUUUGGGUUUGGUUUGGUUUCACAUUAUAGACAUUAAGGGAUAGUAAUUUAAAAGCCAAAGAAAAUCAAUUGAAUACUUACACAUAGUAAGUACUGAAAAGAAGCAAUGUUUUGCAGUCCUCUGAGGGUUCUGUCCUGCAGUCACUGAACAUUCAAAAUUCCUGUAGUCUUCUGUGGUAGAUUUUGGGGAAUCGGAAAUGCAGGACCAAGCUCUUAAUACCUUUUUACAACUUCUUCUGUCUGAUUUAUAUUGUGUGAUAUCUAGUAGGUAGAAUUUACAGCAUUGCAAGAACUAUUUCAGACUUAGCCGAAAAUGUGAUCCACUUUCUGAACAAUCUACUGUGUUCUCUAUUGCAAUCUUUACGAUUGUUGCCUUUUGUGUAAUUAACUUUACUGUGAUAGUCAUACUUUUUUUAACAGUACAGCUGAAAAGACCUUUACUUUCAACCUCCAGCUGUUAAGCUUUUAAUGGUGACUACUGUACGGGCAUCUUCUGUUGAAUGUUUUCUGGAAGUUAGUAAUCAUCUCAUACCUCUUAACAUUUACUGUCAUCAUACGUGGACCAUUUAGACAGAACAGUGCAGAUUUUGGAAAUGGUGCAUUAGAUCACAAAGCUUAUGCAAAAGGAAAACAAUAGAUACUACAAGAUCAGCAUAUUACAGCCAUGCUGGGACCAGUAUUUGGUUUGAGCUGUAUCACAGCCAUUGUUGUCACUGUCAUUCUGUGUGUGUGUUUGCGUGCAUGCCACGCUCUAAUUUGUAAACCCUAGAGUCAAAUAAAUUUUAAUUGUGAUUGUUAGAACAUCCUUACCCUCAACUCUUUUUAUGUUUCUUGAAAUAAAGACCACCCCUUAUGAAGAAGCAAGAGCACAGAAGAUCCAUAAAAAAUUACUUUAGGCAAGAUAAAUGCACCUUGUAUUCUUAUGCCUCACAUUUAUACAAUGAAAUGAUAUAAAGUAAAAAAAAUAGCAUAAUCAUAUCAUCGUAUCAUUAGAUUAUAAUCAUAAUGCAGGAAAAAUAACAGUGGCAACCCCCUCAUUUGUGUGGUUCUUAUUUAUUUAAAACUCAUUAAUUCUUCAACUUUCUGGUGUGUGUGUGUAUACAUAUAUACAUACAGACACGCACCCAUAUAUAAGCAGAAAUCUAGAACAGGAAGAUUUAAACUAUCAGGAGAGGAACCUAACUUGCCUUUUGUUGGUGUGCCUUUUAAGCGAAGUGUCAUUGUCCAGACACUCUUGCUCGCAUCAUUAGCGGCUUUCUUUCCCCUUAUUCUCUGAAACUUUUCCCAGCAAGAAAGGGCUUUGAUUUGAAUAAUGUCUUUACAGUGUAAUGUAUAAUGUAAUAUAAUGAUCACAAUUUUCAUAUUUUAUGUAUUCUGAAAGCUUUUUAAUGCAGUGAAAGCUUUUUAAUGCAGUGCGCUAAAUAUGAAUUAACUGUCCAGCAGGACUCCAAUAAAAGGCCAUUUUAGACUAGAAGUGUUGCAGUCUGACAUCUGAAAGGUAUCAGAAGAUAAAGGACAUCCUCUCUUCACUCCUGAUCUGUCUGCAUAGAAACAAUUCGUGUAAACUUUGUGCACUAGCAUACCUACAUGCAGGAGAAAAAUCUGAAAGCCAUGAAAUAAAUAAAAUGCAAAAGAAAGAAACAAGCCACUUAAAGGUUAAAAAAAAAAAAAAGCUUCUGAGACACUGUAACCUGGGUAGAUACAGGAAGCUUGUGACCAAAGAACACUUCCACCAAUGAAUAUGAAAUUAUUCAUGUUGCCCUUCUGGGAUGUGCACACUGCAAUCAGUGUCAAAGCUGUCUUUGGCUUCAGAGGCCAGAAUAUCAGGCUCUGAAUGAUGAUAUCAGGCUCUGAAUGAUGUGCAAGCAUAAUAUAUAGAAAUAGGUUUCAUAUUGAGAGAUGGACACAACUUAUUUUUUCUUUCCUCUGUUCAUACAAAUGAAUCAAAUCAUCCAUGUUGAUAGCUACACAUCUCUACUGGAGGGUGAGCGUCUCUGUAGAGGAAAGCAGAUAGCACAAUAAACAGGACAUUUUAAAAGCAAGACUUGGAGGAAAUCUGGUAGAACUACUGACAAGUUAACCUUCAGUGAGAUUUUAAUUGAGCGAUUUCUUGUUUGUUUCUGACUUUGUUUAAGUUUAGGAAGGAAAAACAAAGAAAAAAAAAAGAAUUACUUAUUACUAAACAUUUGUAAUAAAAGCUAAUUUUUCAUGUAUAAUGUUGUCUUGUUGUUCAUUCUAACUGAAGGUAAUGUUAGUGGUAACUGUUAAUGUUCGUUUACACAGCCAUCUCUCAUGUUUUUGUUUCCUUUCUAUAUUAUUCACAGUGUACUUCUGUUAUACUCACAGAAAACCACAUCUUUCAAAGUCAGCUCUGGAAGGGAUUUUUCCAGCUCCAGACAUUGCUGCAAAGUCUAGGAGCCUGAGGAUCUCAGUGGAAGAGCAUUAGGCCAAUCUAAGGAAAGAAAUCCUCAAUUGUUUGUGGAGGUGUCUCUCUACAGUCUCCACUUCCUAAUGGCCUAAUCCUGAGAGACCCCAGUAGGUUGGAGGUAUUCGUAGACAUCCUUUACUUAGAGGUUUGAUUUUCUAGGGUAAUGAGAAUAAUAGCUGAUGAAUAGUCUUAACUGGGGAAAGCUACAACAUUCAAUAACUCAAUUUUGAUUCCAUACCCUAUGUCUCUUCUGAUUUUUUUCUUUAAUUAUUCUUCUCUGAGAAUUUGCCCAAAAAGAUGCUUUAGUAUAAGGGACUCAUGAAUAAAACUCCUUAGACAGUCACACUAUCUUUGAAGUGACAAAAUUCUACUGCUAAUCUUAAUUAAUCUGACAGUUAUUGGAUAUUAUAAUUAUUUACUGUUUAUCCACAGUAAAUAAUAGCUUGCCUGUAUUUGCCCAGGUAUAUUCAGAGGGGAGGGAGUGUACAGUGGCUCAGGCUGUGUCCAUCUGCACAGUGUUGAACUUCCAAAUACAGGAGUGGCUGAUGAUAAAUGAAUCAAUGCACAAGUCCAUGAGAUAGCAUUAGUCACUAUUAACAGGCAUUGGUGCUUCUAAGUGGAAUGUAUUCUGUACAAAUUCUGUACAGCACUCCGUGUGCAUGCUGUUUUAUCAAAUGAUGAAGGUUGCAUUUUCUUUUUUAAUUGUAUUCAUGGAUAUAAAACUAAUUAAAAAGACCAUAUAACAUGAGGAAGCCUUUAUUUCUUUGCAUUUGUAAGUAUUCAGGGCUCCAUCUUACUGUGGUGUUUCUUUCUGUACUUCAGAAGGCAAAGGCGGGUGUUCUCUAACAUACAGCAAGUUGGGAAAUUGGUUUAGGGAAUUUUCUGUACCAGGCUGUGGUGUGACAGUGUUUUGUCCACUAUGGCCAAUGAAAACCUUGGAGAAGACAAGUCCUGGGUAGCAGGUGAUUUUUCCUGCCCGUGUUUUGUACCAGGUGUUGUCGUAUUGUAAUCCUUUUUGGGAAAGGCAAAAUUACAUUGCUGGCCCAGCGUAAGGUCAUUAAGUUGCACAUGGCAAUUAGCCCCGUUAAGUUUGUUGUAAAAUACAUUUUCUUCACAAACCUAUUUUCUUUUUAUUGUUUUAGUGUAUUCCAUAUGGAAAGGGACUCCUAUUUACAUGGUGUGCCUCAUCUGUUUUUUGUUUUCCUUUGUUAGAGUGUUUAAAGAAUACUCAUUAAUUCCUCCUGGUUUGCUUCUCCCCUUCCCCCUGCUCAGGAAGACAAAUGUGGGCAGUACUUCUAAGAGCUUUCCCUUAGUCAACUGUUCUUGGGAUGUUGUCCCACCAAUGCCAGCAACAGCAUUUAUUCUUUUCUUCAGUGACCAGAGAUCAUUGAAGCAAAGUCCCAGCUGCCCUAUUUUCCCAUUAUUUGAAGAUAUGGUAUGUUCAGAUCCUAAUCAAAACUCUCUUUUUUCAGAGUAUUUGUUAGUCCCAGACUGAAUAGGUACUAAGUGCUUUUUUCCAUUGUUUGCUUUACAAAUUCCUCUGUGUGGACUCAUUGUUAAUUUCACUAGGUCUUAGAGAGUCUUCCAGGUUAGAGGAGAUAACUCUAUUUGUCAUAAAAACAGGAAGGAAAAAAAUUCUUCAGGGAGAGAAGAAACACCAUAUGGCAUUUGCACCUGGUCAGGUUUCUUCCAAGGCUAACUAUGGAUGUUAGGAAAAAAAAAAUACAUUGGCUGACAUCAGCAUCUACGUAACUUACUGUUCCAUAUCCGUGUUUCACAUCUGACUUGCUUCCAUUAAAGUUUGUUGUUUUUUAUGUUUGUGCUUUGUUAUUCAGUUGCCACUUUUACAGGUAGUGUUGUUUUUUGGUUUUGCUUUUAAUUUAUAAAUGAAAACAUACCAUAACAAUGUCAAGUAAAUAAACCAUGGGGGGAAACAAAACAGAAAAACAAUUGAAGUCACUGAAGGGAUGAUUCUUUCUCUUCCUUUCUUUCUCUGUGUGUUCAAGCCAAUGCCUGUGGUCAGGGAGGCCUUGGAAGAGCCAGCUCACCAUCCUAGGGUCAGGGCCAUGCUGCGGUGGCAAAUGGCUUUUGAUGCAACUUUGCUUUGGUGGCCGGACUUCAACCUGGCCUGGUGCAGAUGUAGGUAUGCCCACACGAUUGUCAAAGGUGUUUGAAAAUCACGUUGAAUCUUUGGAAAGGAAAAAGUUCCUUGUGUCCAUUUCUAUAAUGAUGUACAAAAAAAAAAAAAAAAAAAAGCUUGGUGGCCAUUAGGAAAUAAUCUUAGCACAGUGGGAGAGUCUGUGUAAUUGAAUCAAGUAACAAUUCCUUACCCUACACUACAACGUUUCUUAGUCCAGUUGUGCCAUUCCUUGGCUUCUCAAGGUUUCACUGUAGGCAAUGGGUUUAUCUUUGAUGGAAGUGAUGGUGGGAGCAGGAAGCUUGCACGUGCUAGGGGCAAACAGCCGAAGAUCUCGCUUGGUGCAUGACCACAUGCUUAUGUACCUGGAUAUAUGUUUUACUUGGUCAAAUUAAUUAAACUGUAUGGUCUUUACUAAAGACCCAGCUUGCUCAAUGUGGGUAUUCUAUAUAUGUAUAUAUAUUUUAUAUUACAAAAUCUCUCCCUGUCCCAUUCCCAGAGAGAAACACAGCCCCCUAAUCACGUUUCUCCCCUCAAAGACAAUAUUUGGAACUGCCUGGUAUAAUCGAUGUAAUCCUUCUCUCUCUGUACACAGGUGUGCACAUAUACACACACAGACACACACCCUCUGCCCCUAGCUCAUUCCUUCACUCACUUCUGGUCACUUCAUGUCUCUGGCCCUCGGAUAUUUAUGGCUCGACGCCUUUCCCUCUUGAGAUUUUUCUGCUGCUUUGCACUCCUCCUGGACUUCCAAAGCCUGCAUGGUUACUGUUAAGGAAAAACGCACAGCAAAUACAUCAAAGAGGAAGACCAAAAGCUUUUGAUUUGAUUUAUCUGACGCUAAGCCUUUAGUGUGAUGCAUCAAUUGAUAUUUCAUUUUUAUUACAGUACAAUUGGGUAUACAGACUUAACAGCGAGAGGUGUCCUUUUGAUCUCUCACAGCACAUGAAAACAGGUGUCAUAGUCCAGAGAUUAUGUAGGUCAGAGAUUAUUUGAGGAAGGAUUAAGUAGAGUUACCAUUUUUCUUAGCAACCAUAUCCAAAAGCAUGAGAUUCUUUUUAAAAUGUGGGCCUUAAUUCAGCUUGUAGAUAAGUCAUAUUUAAUUGUCACAUACCCUUUCCCUGCUGAAACUCUGGAAGAAGGACAGAAUUUUUCAAGUGCUUUGCAUUAAAAAAUGCAGAAACAAACCAAACUCUGUACUUAUAAAUACAGUCAAUAAAAUAACUUCUGA